GUGCAGCCCCUAGGGCACUUACCAGACAGCCCAGAGCUGCAGCAGCCCCAUCAGCCACAGCAGUCGCUGGGGAGCAUGGCCUUGGGGGGCAGGGCCGUCCUGCUGUGCUGAGUUUCCUGGGGACCUUAGGGAGACCUGCAGCCCCCACUUGCAGGGCAAGGUAUGGUCUUCUGGGAGGAGGGCUGGCCCAGAUGUGGGAGGAAGAUCAGGACCUGGGGAGCAGGGUUCUCCAUUCAUGGAUUAGAAGAGCUCGUUGGGUGGUGACGCAAAGCCAGAUGACUCCCGUCAGAUUUGCGAGGGCCCUGCUUGCUCUGGCUCUCACCUUGCCAGGGAUGCUGUGUACAGAAGGGAAUCCCGGCAGGUCGCCGAUGGGCCGUUGCAGCCUCUUCGGAGAUGACUUCGUCAACACCUUUGAUGGGAGCAUGUACAGCUUUGCAGGCGUCUGCAGUUACCUCCUGGCUGGGGACUGCCAGAAACACUCCUUCUCGCUUAUCGGGGACUUCCAAAAUGGCAAGAGGGUGAGCCUGUCUGUGUACCUUGGGGAGUUUUUUGACAUCCAUUUGCAUAUCAAUGGUACUGCACUGCAGGGGGGCCAGAGCAUUUCCAUGCCCUAUGCCUCCCAAGGGCUGUAUCUGGAAACUGAGGCUGGCCACUAUAAGCUGUCCAGCGAGGCCUACGGCUUUGUGGCCAGGAUCGAUGGCAGCGGCAACUUUGAAGUCCUGCUAUCAGACAGGUACUUCAACAAGACCUGUGGGCUGUGUGGCAACCUCAACAUCUUUGCCGAAGAUGACUUCAGGACUCAGGAAGGGACCUUGACCUCAGACCCCUAUGACUUUGCCAACUCCUGGGCCCUGAGCAGCGGAGAACAGCGGUGCAGGCGGGCAUCACCUCCCAGCAGCCCUUGCAACGUGUCCUCAGAGGAAGUGCAGAAGGGCCCAUGGGAGCAGUGCCAGCUUCUGAAGAGUGCCUCGGUGUUCGCCCACUGCCACCCUCUGGUGGACCCUGAGCCUUUUGUGGCCCUGUGUGAGGAGACUCUGUGCACAUGUGCCCAGGGGCCGAGGUGCUCCUGCGCUGCCCUCCUGGAGUAUGCCCGGGCCUGUGCCCAGCAAGGAAUGGUGCUGCACGGCUGGGCUGACCACAGCACCUGCCGACCGGCCUGCCCUGCUGGCAUGGAGUACAAGGAGUGUGUGUCCCCUUGCGCCAGAACCUGCCAGAGCCUGCACAUCAAUGAAGUGUGUCAGGAGCAAUGUGUGGAUGGCUGCAGCUGCCCUGAGGGGUGGCUCCUGGACGAUGGCCGCUGUGUGCAGCGCGCUGAGUGUUCCUGCAUGCAUUCCGGGAAGCGGUACCCCCCAGGCGCGUCCCUCUCCCGAGACUGCAACACCUGCAUUUGCCGAAAUAGCCUGUGGGUCUGCAGCAACGAAGAGUGCCCAGGAGAGUGUCUCGUCAUAGGACAGUCCCACUUCAAGAGCUUUGACAGCAGGUACUUCACCUUCAGCGGGGUCUGCCAGUACCAGCUGGUCCGGGACUGCCGGGACCACUCCUUCUCCAUCGUCAUUGAGACCAUGCAGUGUGCUGAUGACCCGGAUGCUGUCUGUACCCGCUCUGUCACCAUCCGCCUGCCAAACCUGCACAGCAGCCUGGUGAAGCUGAAGCAUGGGGGCGGUGUGUCCAUGGAUGGACAAGAUGUCCAGAUGCCCCUUCUGCAAGGUGACCUCCGUAUCCAGCACACUGUGAUGUCCUCCGUGUGCCUCAGCUAUGGGGAGGACCUGCAGGUGGACUGGGAUGGCCGAGGGAGGCUGCUGGUGAAGCUGUCCCCUGUCUACGCCGGGAGGACCUGCGGCCUGUGUGGCAAUUACAAUGGCAACAAGGGCGAUGACUUCCUCACGCCCGCAGGCCUGGUGGAGGCCCUGGUGGAGGACUUCGGAAACGCCUGGAAGCUGCACGGGCACUGCGAAGACCUGCAGCGGCAGAGCCACGACCCGUGUCACCUCAACCCGCGCCUGACCAGGUUUGCCGAGGAGGCAUGUGCCCUCCUGACGUCCUCCAAGUUUGAGGCCUGCCACCACGCCGUGAGCCCUCUGCCCUACCUGCAGAACUGCCACUAUGACGUCUGCUCCUGUUCCGAUGGCAGGGACUGCCUCUGCAGCGCAGUGGCCAGCUACGCAGCAGCCUGUGCCUGGAGAGGCGUGCACAUUGCGUGGCGGGAGCCCAGCUUCUGUGUCUUGCAGUACAUUGCUCCCUUCAAACCCAAAGUCAACUGCACCUGCAUGUGGGAGAGUGAUUGUUACUGUGAGGACGGCUUCAUGCACUGCACCCCGAGUGGAGCCCCGGGGAGCCUGUUGCCGGACUCUGUCCUCGGCAGUCCCCUGUCUCACCGCAGCAAGAGGAGCCUGUCCUGCCGGCCGCCCAUGGUCAAGCUGGUGUGCCCUGCUGACACCCCACGGGCUGAAGGGCUGGAGUGUGCCAAAACCUGCCAGAACUACGAGCUGGAGUGCAUGAGCAUGGGCUGCGUCUCGGGCUGCCUCUGUCCCCCAGGCAUGGUCCGGCAUGAAAACCGGUGUGUGGCCCUGGAAAGGUGUCCCUGCUUCCACCAGGGCCGAGAGUAUGCCCCGGGAGACACGCUGAAAAUGGGCUGCAACACAUGUGUCUGUCGGGACAGGAAGUGGAACUGCACGGACCAUGUGUGUGAUGCCACGUGCUCUGCUAUUGGCAUGGCCCACUACCUCACCUUCGACGGGCUCAAAUAUAUGUUCCCCGGGGAGUGCCAGUAUGUUCUGGUGCAGGAUUACUGUGGCGGUAACCCUGGGACCUUUCGGAUCCUGGUGGGGAAUGAGGGGUGCAGUUACCCCUCAGUGAAGUGCAAGAAGAGGGUCACCAUCCUGGUGGAAGGAGGAGAGAUUGAACUAUUUGAUGGGGAGGUGAAUGUGAAGAAACCCAUGAAGGAUGAAACGUACUUUGAGAUUGUGGAGUCUGGCCGGUAUGUCAUUCUGCUGCUGAGCAAGGCAAUCUCUGUGGUCUGGGACCACCACCUGGGCAUCUCCGUGUCACUGAAGCAGACAUACCAGGAGCAGGUGUGUGGCCUGUGCGGGAAUUUCGAUGGCAACCAGAACAAUGACUUCACCAGCAGCAGCCUCCAAGUGGAGGAGGACCCCGUGGAUUUUGGGAAUUCCUGGAAAGUGAGCCUGCAGUGUGCGGACACCAGGAAAGAGCCGCUGGACUCAUCCCCUGCCUCUUGCCGCAACAACGUCAUGAAGCAGACGAUGGUGGAUUCUGCCUGCAGAGUCCUCACCAGUGACGCGUUCCAGGACUGCAACAAGCUGGUGGACCCUGAGCCAUUCUUGGACGUUUGCAUCUAUGACACCUGCUCCUGUGAGUCCAUUGGGGACUGUGCCUGCUUCUGUGACUCCAUUGCUGCCUAUGCCCACAUGUGUGCCCAGCAUGGCAAGGUGGUGACCUGGAGGACCGCCACAUUGUGCCCCCAGAGCUGCGAGGAGAGGAAUCUGCGGGACAAUGGGUAUGAGUGUGAGUGGCGCUAUGCCAGCUGUGCUCCUGCCUGUCCUAUCACGUGCCAGCACCCUGAGCCCCUGGUGUGCCCCGUGCAGUGUGUGGAAGGCUGCCAUGCACACUGCCCUCCUGGUAAAGUCCUGGAUGAGCUUUUGCAGAGCUGUGUGGACCCUGAGGACUGCCCCACAUGUGAGGUUGCCGGCCGGCGCUUAGCCCCAGGAAAGAAAAUCACCUUGAACCCCAGUGAUCCUGAGCACUGCCAGAUUUGUCACUGUGAUGGCAUCAACCUCACCUGUGAGGCCUGCAGGGAUCCCGGAGGCCUAGUGAUACCACCCACGGAAGGCCCCGUCAGCUUUACCACCCCGUAUGUGGAGGACACACCGGAGCCGCCGCUGCAUGAUGUGUACUGCAGCAAGCUUCUGGACUUGGUCUUCCUGCUCGACGGUUCCUCCAAGCUGUCGGAGGCUGAGUUCGAAGUGCUGAAGGUCUUUGUGGUGGACAUGAUGGAGCGCCUGCACAUCUCGCAGAAGUGGAUCCGUGUUGCCGUGGUGGAGUACCACGAUGGCUCCCACGCCUACAUCCAGCUCAAGGACCGGAAGCGGCCCUCGGAGCUGCGGCGCAUCGCCAGCCAGGUGAAGUACGCGGGCAGCGAGGUGGCCUCCACCAGCGAGGUCUUGAAGUACACGCUGUUCCAAAUCUUCGGCAAGGUCGACCGCCCCGAAGCCUCCCGCAUCGCCCUGCUCCUGAUGGCCAGCCAGGAGCCGCCGAAGUUGGCCCGGAACCUGGUCCGCUACGUGCAGGGCCUGAAGAAGAAGAAGGUCAUUGUGAUCCCGGUGGGCAUCGGGCCCCACGCCAGCCUCAAGCAGAUCCGCCUCAUUGAGAAGCAGGCCCCUGAGAACAAGGCCUUUUUGCUCAGCAGUGUGGACGAGCUGGAGCAGUGGAGGGAUGAGAUAAUCAACUACCUCUGUGAUCUUGCCCCCAAAGCUCCUGCCCCUACUCAGCACCUCCCUGUGGCACAAGUCACUAUGGGCCCAGAAGUUGUGGGGGUCUCAUCACCAGGACCCCAGAGGAAAUCCAUGGUUCUGGACGUCGUGUUUGUCCUGGAAGGGUCAGACAAAAUUGGCGAGGCCGACUUCAACAGGAGCAGGGAGUUUAUGGAGGAGGUCAUUCGGCAGAUGGAUGUGGGACAGGACGGCACCCACGUCACAGUGCUGCAGUACUCAUACAUGGUGACUGUGGAGUACAGCUUCACGGAGGCGCAGUCCAGGGAGGACGUCCUGCGGCGUGUGCGAGGGAUUCGCUUCCAGGGCGGCAACAGGACCAACACUGGGCUGGCCCUGAGGUACCUGUCUGAGCACAGCUUCCUGGCAGGCCAGGGUGACCGGGAGCAGGCACCCAACCUGGUCUACAUGGUCACAGGAAACCCCGCCUCUGAUGUGAUCACGCGGAUGCCUGGAGACAUCCAGGUGGUGCCCAUUGGAGUGGGUCCUCAUGCCAGUGUGCAGGAGCUUGAGAGGAUUGGCUGGCCAAACGCCCCCAUCCUUAUCCAGGACUUUGAGAUGCUGCCCCGAGAGGCCCCUGACCUGGUGCUGCAGAGGUGCUGCUCCGGAGAGGGGCUGCGGAUCCCCACCCUCCCCCCUGCCCCAGACUGCAGCCAGCCCCUGGAUGUGGUCCUCCUCCUGGAUGGCUCGUCUGGCUUCCCAGAUUCGUAUUUUGACGAAAUGAAGAGUUUUGCCAAGGCUUUCAUUUCAAAAGCCAACUUAGGGCCUCAGCUCACUCGGGUGUCUGUGCUCCAGUAUGGGAGCAUCACCACCAUCGAUGUGCCAUGGACGGUGGCCCAGGAGAAAGCCCAUUUACUGACCCUCGUGGACCUCAUGCAGCGGGAGGGAGGCCCCAGCCAAAUAGGGGACGCUUUGGGUUUUGCUGUGCGGUAUGUCACUUCAGAAGUCCAUGGUGCCAGGCCCGGAGCCUCAAAGGCCGUGGUCACCCUCGUCAUGGACGUCUCCACGGAUUUGGUAGAUGCAGCAGCCUAUGCCGCCAGAUCCAAUCGAGUGAUGGUGUUCCCCAUUGGAAUUGGGGACCGGUAUGAUGAGGCCCAGCUGAGGACCUUGGCGGGCCCAGCGGCCAGCUCCAAUGUGAUGAAGCUCCAGCGAAUCGAAGAUCUUCCCACCAUGGUCACCCUGGGAAAUUCCUUCCUCCACAAGCUGUGCUCUGGGUUCGUUAGAGUUUGCAUAGAUGAGGAUGGGAAUGAGAAGAUGCCUGGGGAUGUCUGGACCUUGCCAGAUCAGUGCCACACAGUGACAUGCCUGCAAGAUGGCCAGACCUUGCUGGAGAGUCAUCGAGUCAACUGCGACCGGAGCCUGAAGCCUUCAUGCCCCAACAGCCAGUCCCCUAUCAAGGUGGAAGAGACCUGCGGCUGCCGCUGGACCUGCCCCUGUGUAUGCAUGGGCAGCUCUACCCGGCACAUUGUGACCUUCGAUGGGCAGGAUUUCAAGCUGACUGGCAGCUGUUCAUACGUCUUAUUUCAAAACAAAGAGCAGGACCUGGAGGUGAUUCUCCAUAAUGGUGCCUGCAUCCCUGGGGCGAGGCAGGCCUGCAUAAAGUCCAUCGAGGUGAAGCAUAAUGGCCUUUCAGUUGAGCUCCACAGUGACAUGGAGGUGGCAGUGAAUGGGAGACUGGUGUCUGCCCCUUACUUGGGUGGGGACAUGGAAGUCAGUAUCUACGGCGCCAUCAUGCAUGAGCUUAGAUUCAACCAUCUUGGCCACAUCUUGACAUUCACUCCCCAAAACAAUGAGUUCCAGCUGCAGCUGAGCCCUAAGACCUUUGCUGCAAAGAUGUAUGGUCUCUGUGGGAUCUGUGAUGAGAACGGGGCCAAUGACUUCAUGCUGAGGGAUGGCACGGUCACCACAGACUGGAAGGCACUCGUCCAAGACUGGACCGUGCAGCAGCCGGGGCAGACAUGCCAGUCUCUGCCUGAGGAGCACUGUCCUGUCUCCAGCAGCUCCGACUGCCAGGUCCUCCUCUCGGCACUGUUUGCUGAGUGCCACAGGGUUCUUGCUCCAGCCACGUUUUACAACAUCUGCCAGCAGGACAGUUGCCACAGGGAGCAAGUGUGUGAGGUGAUUGCGUCUUAUGCCCACCUCUGCAGGACCAACGGGGUCUGCGUGGAUUGGAGGACAGCUGACUUCUGCGCAAUGUCCUGCCCACCACCCCUGGUGUACAGCCACUGUGAGCACGGCUGCCCCCGGCACUGUGAGGGCAACAUGAGCUCCUGUGGGGACCACCCCUUGGAAGGCUGCUUCUGUCCCCCGCACCAAGUCCUACUGGGAGGCAGCUGUGUCCCUGAGGAGACCUGCACCCAGUGCGUCAGUGAGGAUGGAGUCCGGCGCCAGUUCCUGGAAACCUGGGUCCUGGACCACCAGCCCUGCCAGAUCUGCAUGUGCCUCAGUGGUCGGACGGUCAAUUGCACAUCACAGCCCUGCUCCACUGCCAGAGCUCCCACAUGUGGCCCGUGCGAAGUGGCCCGUCUCCGCCAGAGCGCAGACCAGUGCUGCCCAGAGUAUGAGUGUGUGUGUGACCAGGUGAGCUGUGACCAGUCCCCGGUACCUUUCUGUGAAGGAGGUUUCCAGCUGACGCUGACCAAUCCCGGCGAGUGCAAACCCGUCUUCACCUGUGCCUGCAGGAAGGAAGAGUGCAAGAAGACACCCCCGCCCUCCUGCCCUCCGCACCGCAUGCCGGUCCUUCGGGAGACCCAGUGCUGUGACCAAUACGAGUGUGCCUGCAACUGCGUCAACUCUACAGUGAGCUGCCCACUGGGCUACCUGGCCUCGACUGUCACCAACGACUGUGGCUGCACCACGACAACCUGCUUCCCUGACAAGGUGUGCGUCCACAGAGGCACCAUCUACCCCGUGGGCCAAUUCUGGGAGGAGGGCUGUGACGUGUGCACCUGCACAGACAUGGAGGACGCGGUAAUGGGCCUGCGCGUGGCCCAGUGCUCUCAGAAGCCCUGCGAGGACAGCUGCCGGGAGGGCUUCACUUACAUCCUCCAUGAAGGUGAAUGCUGUGGGAAGUGCCUGCCGUCUGCCUGUGAGGUGGUGACUGGCUCACCACGCGGGGACUUCCAGUCUCACUGGAAGAACGUUGGCUCUUACUGGUCAUCCCCUGAAAACCCCUGCAUCGUGUAUGAGUGUGUCCGAGUGAAGGAGCAGGUCUUUGUGGAACAGCGGAAUGUCUCCUGUCCCCAGCUGGUGGUCCCCAGCUGCCCCGUGGGCUUCCAGCUAAGCUGUAAGACCUCAGAGUGUUGCCCCGCCUGUCACUGUGAGCCCGUGGAGGCCUGCGUGCUCAAUGGCACCAUCAUCGCGCCCGAAAGGAGCCUGAUGAUCGACGUGUGCACCACGUGCCACUGCACUGUCCAGGUGGGGGUCAUCUCUGGGUUCAAGCUGGAGUGCAGGAAGACCACCUGCCAGGACUGCCCCCAGGGUUACAGGGAAGAGAAGAUCCAAGGUGAUUGCUGUGGGAGGUGUCUGCCCAUGGUGUGCACCGUCCAGCUGAGAGGAGGCCAGAGCAUGACUCUGAAGCAUGGUGAGACAAUCCAGGAUGGCUGUGACAGUCACUUCUGCAAAGUCAAUGAGAGAGGGGAGUACAUCUGGGAGAAGAGGGUCACCGGCUGCCCACUCUUUGAUCAGCACAAAUGUCUGGCCGAGGGAGGGAAAGUCCUGAAAAUUCCUGGCACCUGCUGUGACACAUGUAAGUACAUUACCAACAGCUGGUCCAUCAGACUAAAUCCAGGGACUCUUCUCUGGAGUCAGCUUUAUUCUGAAAAGAUACUGCUCCAUCACUGGCCAGUCAUUCCAUUCCAUUCUGCAGGGAACUGCCAUCUCACCCUGAAUGUCCCUAGACUGUGCCCUGCUCAAAUCCCCUUUCAAAUGCCUGUGAAACAGUCUCUACACGUUUCUUCCAAACUCCUUACUCUCUCUAGUCUGUCAUCUGCCUUUUGCCUCAUAGAGGCUUUGUUUGUUUAUAGUCCUAUCAUGAGAGAACAUCUUUCUCCAACCAGAGCUUCUUGAAGAUGAGCACCCUUG